AGCCCUGUUCGUACGCUAGUAUGGCGGGCACCAAAACAAAAAUGUUCUGAAAUUCUAAAAUAAAAUUCAGAGUUUCUAGUUUUGCAAAUAGAAUUCUAGAUUUAGCAGAAAACUGGAAUAUUUGCAGAAAAAUUUGUUGAAAGAAUGGAAAAGAAAGUCUCAGUAUUAGUAACAGGUUUAUUUAGAACAUUUUUUAAAAAACACAAAUUACUGUAAAUCUAUUCAACCCUGUUUACAUUUGUAAUUUUGCUGUUCAAGGAAGUAAAUAACUAAUGAUAGGGAAUAAAAUGUAUUCUGUUUAAUAGUGACAUUAACAUACUUUACUCAUUUGAAAAAAAGUACCUGUAUUAAAAUGCAUUAAACUUACCAAGGUAAAGGGCUCCACUCUUCCCCAAUUUCAUCCUUUUAAUAAAUGUCCCUAUAUUUCCCUGAUGAAAUUUCAUAAUGGUCUGUAAAAUAUCAUGAGAGUAACUUACAGUAACUCACAAUAAUAAAACAUUGUUCAUUUCAAUUAGGAUUUGGUCCAUUUGGUGCACACAAGAUCAAUGCAAGCUGGGAAGCAGUGAAAGUAAAUAUUCUUCACAUUUAUGCCAUGUGCCCAGUACUCAACUUUUUAACUGGCAGUACACGUAAUGCAUCCCACUUUGUUACUUUACUCUGAUUAAUGCCAGAUGAUUUUACUUGUCAAGGGGAAAGUCUGGUACUUAAUGGGUUAACAGAUUUACUUGUCAAAUAAGUUUACCAGGAAGGAAAGUUUUGACCACUGGCCUAGCAUGUACAGCAAAGGAAGCAAUUAGUAUCAUAACAACAUAAAACCAAUUUCAUAUUUCGACCAAUUUCAUAUUGUUAAUUAGUAUCAUGUUUCUUUUUGGUUUUGCUGCAGGAAUUAGACGGUAUUAGUUUUGAAGACAGUGUCAAUUUAAUCACUCAAGAAAUCCCUGUUGAGUAUGAAAGUGUUUCUUCCCUCAUUCCAGACUUGUGGAAAAAGUACAAACCCAAGGUAAUACAAAAACAUAUGAUCAUGAUGUACUCUAAACAUUGUAGCUCAGUGGUGGACACUAGUGUUAGAGGGUGACCACCCCACCUCCCAAUAUGUUCUAACAAAGCAGGUUAGGUCAUGGCUAUAGUUGGGGGGGGGGAGGGGUCCAGACUCCCAUCCCCCCCGGCUAUGCCUCCGAGGCUACUAGCACCAACAUUGCCUAUAGCUCUAUUUGAAGAAGGACUAUUUUGUCCACAAAAUAGAAUCUAUUGGUAUGGAUUUUCAAACAUGACCAUGGCAAUAACCACAUAUAUUUAAAUCUUUGACGUAGCUAUGUGUUCACGUUGGCGUUUCUCCAGUCACCAAUGCCAUGCAGUUAGAGACAUGUGCUCAUAAUUCGGACUAUUGUCGAGAAGAUAUCUCAUGUGAAUAUCCUGAUGGACAUUAUUGUGUGCUUGGUAAGUACGAUUAUCAAUCCUUGAAUUGAUAUAUAGAUCAAGUUGAUCAAGACACUAAUUAUUUAACUAAUUAAUUAAUUGAUCAACCUUUCAGUUAACUAAUCAUUCAAUUAACUAAUUAAUUCAUUAGUACUAAUUAGUCAACUUGUAAGUCAAUUAGUCAAUUACCUUGUAAUUAAGUAACAAUUAAACAAACUAAUCUUAAAACUAACCAGUCAGUAACUAUGUAAUCAGUUGAUCAGUCAAUCAACUAAUCAGUCAAUCAAAUAAUCAUUUAAUUAAUAAAAUAAAACAUCAGGCAAUUAUUAAUCAAUGAAUUCACCAUUGAGCAGAUCGUUGUUUGCAGAAUAAUUUUUAAGCCAACAAAAAAUAAAAAAUACCUCUGAAACAUCCUUCGUUUUACUGAAGAAAAUUUUAAUACAUUAGGUGGACAGGAGUGUCUUCAUACAAGCAUCAAUGUUGAGAAAAUUUGUCAAGAAAGGGAUGAGAAUAAAUGCCCUUGUGAUCUGGAAACCUCUUGUGAUGCUGGAAGGUGCAGGAAACUUUUUACUUGAAGAAGAGUGUAAUUCUUCUUUAACACCAUAUAUUUGACGAUCUUUUAAGAAAUACUAGUUUAUGUUCAGUACUUCGGUACUUUAGUAAGCAAUUUGCGAAGUUGGCUUUGCAGGUUCCACGCCCAAUGCCCCAAAUUUAGAAACGUAAUUGAGCCACAACCAACUUGAGAAUUGCGCAUUGAAAAGUGACCUGAAAUCGACAAUAACCGUAACGCAUUUUGUCUUUUGCAGGUACCUAUGUGAAUUCAUUUACUACAGUUCGCUAAAUCAAAGUAUGAGAGCAGAGAACAGUGGUUCUUCAGUGGUGUUUAUUCACGUGCCUACCUUAGAUAACCCUUACAGCAAGACACAGCUAGCUCACGCUUUGAAAUAUGUAGUAUUGGAGAUUUUAAAACAACAAAAUUCACAUGAACCAUGUCGAAAAUGCGAACAUAAAUAAUAUUGGCAAAAACAAUAUUGGGAGUUUUUCAAUUAGGACUGGUAUAAUUACACCACAAAAGUUUCUGUAUUACUAAUUAAACUUUGAAUUGCAAAAUUUCACAUCUUGUGAACUCAUAUUAAUAAUGUAUAAUUGCCAAAUGCGUGUAAAAUAUUUCCUUGUAAAAUUUUAGUAAAUAUUUUAAAACGAUUAUAAUAAACUUAGUUUAUACUUUCGUAUCCUUUCAAUGAGACUAUCAUUUGCUUCCGCGCAAGGCUACUUGCUUAGCGUUUCUUGUCCGUCUCGUCGUGUAUUUGGUUGCGAGUGAUGUUUGUUGCUCGUUGUUUACGUACUUUCCUGUACGUCUCAAUGUAGCUAUCGUUUCCAUACCGCAGUGAAACUUGAUCGUUAUCAGGCUGCGAUUAUUUGGGCUACCAAAAGCACGGUUGUGCAAAGUAACAAUACCAAUUUUUCGUUUAGUAAUAGUCGCUUGUUUGUUGUAUGCCAAAUUCCAAGACUUUCCAUGCUUGUUCAUGUUGUAGAAUGGUCUGAUCCCGACACAUUGCCCACACAUAGUGAAAUAGCUCGAUCUUAUCCU